GCGUAAUGGGAACAACUUUUACAACGUUUGCCACGGUAAUCAAUGUAGCCAUUAUCUUCACAUACAAAAAAUGCUCAACUGACGUAGAUGCGUUUAGAUUACACCCUUUGAUUGAAAAAUAUCACAAUAUAGACAACAGACAGGGUAACAAGUUUCAUCGGCAAAGAUGUUACGCUUCUGGAGAAUCAACUGGCAACGAAUUGCCGGAAGAUCAGCAAAUAUCUCUUAAUUUUAACAAUUUCAGUGAUGACGCUGUUAAAGUGCUGAUGUUGUCACAAGAAGAAGCAAAAAGAGGAGCUGUUAAACAAAUCGAAAUAAAACAUAUUCUCCUAGGACUGGUGGCUGUACAAAGAGGUAUAGCCAGCAAUGUCCUGAGCCAUUUUGGUGUAACAUCCAAGAAACUCAGGGAUGUAAUAGACAAUCUGGAAGAUAAUACAAUACCCCCUGAUGAUAAAAAUGAAGAUUAUAAUUUGAUAUUUUCACAAGAAUCUAAAAAUGCGCUGCAGUUGUCAUCUAUAGAAGCUGAGAGCAUGGGCAAUAAAACACUAGAAACUGAACACAUUCUAUUAGGAAUGCUAGGAACUCAUAGUUAUACGUUUAGACAAAUACUUGAUGCGCUAACGGUAAACAUAGAUGCUAUGAGAAAUUUAACACUUAAAUACAUAGCCGAAGAAAAGGAAAAGCCAGCUGAAGAAAUGCCAACGGAUACAUGGAAACAAGCACUGAGUCAAUACACAUAUAUACCGACUCCGGGACGAUCUGAAGAUAUCUUGAGAGAUACAUAUCAAGUAUCUCCUCUAAAUGCAUUUACUAUUGAUAUUACACGAAAAGCAGAAGAAGGUAAAUUACAGAAAGUACUUUGUAGAGAUUCUGAAAUUGAUCGAUCUAUUCGCACGCUAUGUAGAAAAUACAAAAGAAAUCCUAUACUCAUCGGAGAACCUGGUGUAGGCAAAACAGCAGUAGUAGAAGGCAUAGCAAUGCAAUUACGUGAAGGGCACGUCCUGGAAAAAAUGCUGAAUAAACGUUUAAGGCAACUUGAUGUUGGUCUUUUAGUUGCAGGAGCUAGAUUUCGAGGACAAUUCGAAGAAAGGUUAACAAGGUUAAUAGAGGAAAUCAAGAAUGCAAAAAACAUCAUCCUUGUUAUCGAUGAAGCACAUAUGUUAGUAGGAGCUGGAGCAGGAGAGGGAGCACUAGAUGCCGCAAACCUGCUUAAACCCACACUGGCGAGAGGAGAAAUACAGUGCAUAGCAAUCACAACCCCCAAGGAGUAUCAAAAGCAUUUUGAAAAAGAUGCUGCAUUGUGUCGUAGAUUCCAACCCAUACACGUUAAAGAACCAAGCGAUAAAGAUACACAAAUUAUUUUAAACGCAACUGCAGAAGCAUGUGGCAGGUUCCACAAUGUGAAAUAUAACAUGGACGCCGUGGCAGCGGCUCUAAAGUACUCUAAGCAGUUUAUACCUGAAAGAUAUCUACCGGAUAAAGCCAUAGAUAUACUAGAUGAAGCAGGAUCGUUAGCAAAAAUCAGGUUCUAUGAACAACUAAAGGUAGAGUGGAAACAUGCGGUUAAUCCAUUAAAAGAGCGUGGUGUAUACGAUGUCCUAACAAGUAACUUCGCUAAAAAUGCCAAUAAUGAAGCUAUAGAAUCCGAUGUUCAUUCAUCUAAGGUUAGCACGCAACAUUCUGAAGCUAACAUUGGAGUUGACUCUGUUACAGAUGUAGCUAAAAUGCCAUCACAGACGUACAAAGGAUAUCAUAUAGAUGGAUCCAUUAAUUUCCCCGCCACUGAUAUGAUCAGUGAAGAAAAUUAUGAUACGGAAUAUACAUCAAACGCUUCAUGGGAUUCAGAUAGUACAGAGACACUGUGUGAAGUUAAUACAGAGCAUGUAGCAGAGGUAGUAUCCAAUUGGACGGGAGUACCCCUGAAGAAACUAACACAAGGUGAAAUUGAAGCUAUAAGAAAUCUUGAGCAAGAGCUUCAUAAGUCAGUUGUUGGUCAUGAAGAAGCUGUGAAGAAUAUAGCAAAGGCGAUAAGGAGAGCAAAAACUAAUAUUAAAAAUCCAGAAAGACCGAUCGGUAGCUUCCUAUUUUGUGGACCCCCUGGUGUAGGGAAGUCUGAAAUUGCUAAGACUUUGACUAAAUUGAUGUUUACGGAAGAUAAUCUCAUCAAACUCGAUAUGUCUGAGUAUAAUGAGCCUCAUAGCAUUAGCAGGAUACUAGGAAGUCCACCCGGAUAUAAAGGACAUGAUUCUGGAGGCCAGCUUACAGAGAAGCUGCGCAAAAACCCAUACUCAGUUGUAAUGUUCGAUGAAAUUGAAAAGGCACAUAGAAAUGUCCUGAAUAUACUGUUACAAAUACUCGAAGAUGGAAAACUCACUGACUCAAAGAACCAAACAGUAUCCUUCAAAAAUACAAUUAUUAUCAUGACAAGCAACGUGGGAUCCCAUAUCAUAGAAAAGGCGGUACGUGGCAUACAUACAUUCGGCUUUAACAUAGAAGAUGUGUUAAAUGAUAAACAGACAGACUAUGAAAAAGCAAAGAAACAAGUAUGCGAUGAACUAAAGUCAACAUUCAAACCAGAGCUAAUAGACAGAAUUGAUGAUGUUAUCCUGUUUAGGCCACUGAACGAGCAGCAGAUGAAGCAAAUUGCAAAACUGAUGAUAGAAGCUACAUUAAAAAGAGCAAAAGAUGCAGGAAUCGAUGUAGUAGUUGAUGAUUCUUUCAUUGAUCAUAUAAUGAAACUACCAAGAGAUGCAACAGGAGGAGCACGCCCUAUAAGACGUUUAAUUACCACACAUUUGGAUGAUCAACUGGCAGAUUUCGUAAUUUCUAAGGAUUAUAUCCCUGGAAUAAAAUAUAGGAUAACGGUCGACAGCAACGCCCAAAUUAAAAUAAAGUCUGAUAAAAAGACGUCGCCGAGGAAACAAGGUAAGCAAGUUCAUUCUUUAUCACCUCUGAUUUCUUUACACACCACUGAGGCUGAAUUGCAGCCAUUAGUUCCUGCACUUAAUGAAGUAGAUAUCUAAUAUUUUAUUAAUCAC